AUGAUGCGCUGGAUAUGUGGCGACAUAGGGUGCAAACUAUCAUACUAUCUUGUAUAUCUUUCCGUACUGAUUAGCGUUUACACCCUAGUUAUCAUGUCUCUAGACCGUUAUCUAGCAAUAGUUCACCCAAUUACAUCAAAGAUAUUUCAAACUAGCCAGAAUGUUAACCUACUCGUUUUUAUCGCAUGUAUUUCAAAAACUUCAGAGUUCUUAGCGUAUGUCAACAGAUGCAUAAAUCCUAUUUUGUAUACCUUUAUCUCAACAAAAUACAGACAAAGUCUCCGAAAACUUUUGUGCUGUAAACGUCUACGACAGAAUAACUUCAACAGUUAA